AUGGCCGCAGCAGGGUCCCAGCAGCUCCAGUUCGCAGAGGGCGCCGCUUUCCACACCUUCCCGGCCGCGCACCCCGGAGGACAGCUGCUCCCGGCCGCGCGCCCAGCCGCUGGGCUACCCCCGGCGCCCCCGGACUCUCGCGCCCCAGCGGCCACGCCAUGCUUUCCAAGCCGGGGCCCCAGGCCCGCAGCGCAGACUCCCACCGGCCUGGAUCCGCCCGGACCCUCCAAAGGCUCGGCCGCCCCGUCGGCGCCGCAGCGCCGCAAGCGCACGUCGUUCAGCUCGGAGCAGCUGCAGUUGCUGGAGCUCGUCUUCCGACAGACCAUGUACCCCGACAUCCACUUGCGGGAGCGUCUGGCUGCGCUCACGCUGCUACCCGAGUCCAGGAUCCAGUUUUUUUUUUACCCUCUUGUUCCCCAGGUGUGGUUCCAGAACAGACGGGCCAAGUCCCGGCGUCAGAGCGGGAAGUCGUUUCAGCCCUUAUCCUCAAGGCGGGAAGAUUUCCUCCAUCGCCCUGCUCCGGGGACUGAAGCAAGGUGUCUGAAGCCUCAGCUGCCUCUAGAGGCGGAUGUGAACCACGUUCUGGAUCCCAGCAUGGCUGGAGGAGGCGUCUGUACAUCUGGUUCUCAGGGUUUUGAAACUUACUCCUCUCUCUCUGAAGAUAUUGGCUCAAAGUUGGACUCAUGGGAGGAACACAUCUUUUCUGCCUUGGGUAGCUUCUGA